UCAUGCUGUGCAUACCCCUUCGUUAACUCAACUUUGUCUAACAUCAAUUGAGAUUAGCAAUGUAAAUCAUUGAGAUUUACCUGGGUAAUAAGACAUAUCUUCUAACCCCACUACUUUUCCUGUGUAUAUAAGCUGGCCUUUCUUUUUUCCCUUUUCAGCAUUGCAUUAAACUUCUUCUAUUGGGGCCAUUGUUUAAAGCUUCAUCAAUAACUGACCAUUUCCAGAGCAUAUUUCGAAUUGUGUCAUAAUUCCCAGGAGUAGUAGAGAAGGAAGUAUGACGACAGGGACGGAAGAGAGUCGUAGUGUCAACUUUGGACCCCCACGCAGCUUCGGAACUGUGUUGAAAUCGAAGGUGAAAGAGACGUUAUUCCCGGACGACCCAUUUCACCUAUUGAAAAACGAGCCUUUGGGACGUCGAUUGCUUAAAACUAUUCAAUAUUUCAUUCCCAUAUGCGAAUGGCUUCCCAAAUAUAGUCUCUCAUUUUUCAAGUAUGAUUUGCUUGCCGGCAUCACGAUUGCCAGCCUCGCUAUCCCUCAAGGCAUCAGCUAUGCUAACCUUGCUAAGAUUCCUCCCGUUAUUGGCCUUUACUCCAGUUUUGUACCACCUCUGGUGUAUGCUGUUUUUGGGAGUUCAAAGCAUUUGGCGGUGGGAACAGUGGCAGCAUGUUCUUUGCUUAUAGCAGAAACCAUUGGGGAAUUGGCAUCUCCCACUACAAAUCAGGAACUGUAUAUAAGUCUUGUGUUCACGGCCACCUUUUUCUCUGGCUUGUUUCAGACUGCUUUGGGCAUCUUGAGACUUGGUAUAUUGAUAGACUUUCUGGCACAUUCAACAAUUACGGGCUUCAUGGGGGGAACGGCUGUUCUUAUCUGCCUGCAGCAGAUGAAAGGAUUGUUGGGGUUGAAGCAUUUUACAAAGAGCACUGGCGUAGUUGAUGUACUUAAAGCAAUUCAUGAAAAUAGGCACGAGUUCAAUUGGAAGAGCGCUGUUAUUGGUAUGGUGUUUCUUAUCUUUCUCCAAUUCACCAGAUUUGUGAAGAAGAAGAAACCAAAGCUAUUCUGGGUGUCGGCCAUUGGCCCCAUGGCAGUUGUGGUUGCCGGUUGCCUCUUCGCCUACUUCGCUCAUGCUGAGAAAUAUGAUAUUGCAAUUGUGGGCCCUCUUAAAAAAGGGAUAAACGAACCUUCGGUUAACCGUUUGAUCUUCAACCCCAAAUAUAUAUAUGGGCCAAUAAAAGCAGGACUUAUCACUGGCUUGAUAGCCCUCGCGGAAGGAAUAGCCAUUGGGAGAAGUUUUGCCAUAUCAACAAACGAGCAGAUUGAUGGUAACAAGGAGAUGGUUGCCUAUGGCCUGAUGAACAUUGUAGGAUCCAUAACAUCCUGCUACUUAACUACUGGCCCGUUCUCGAAAACUGCAGUUAAUGUGAAUGCUGGAUGCAAGACUCCUAUGUCUAACGUGGUGCAGUCUGUGUGCAUGAUGAUGGUACUCCUCUUCUUGGCCCCUCUGUUCAGCUAUACUCCUCAAGUUGCACUCUCCGCCAUUAUCAUCUCAGCAAUGCUCGGCCUCAUCAAGUAUAAAAAGGCGUAUUAUCUCUUCAAGACCGACAAAUUCGAUUUCAUCAUUUGUAUGUCUGCAUUCUUCGGCGUUUCCUUCAUAAGCAUGGACAUGGGACUCAUGAUAUCAGUAGGGUUGGCAUUGGUGAGAGCACUUCUAUACAUGGCAAGGCCAGCGACUUGCAAGCUUGGGAACAUACCAAACUCAAAGCUAUAUCGUGAUAUUGAGCAGUAUCCAGGCGCAACAACGAUUCCAGGAUUUCUAGUUCUACAGAUUGGUUCUCCCAUCUAUUUUGCAAAUGCCAAUUUCAUGAAAGAAAGGAUCUUGAGAUGGGUUCGAGAUGAAAAUGAGUUGGCCAUGGCUUCAGAGUAUAAUGUUGAGUUCGUGUUACUUGAUUUUGGAGCUGUGACGGCGAUCGACACUACAGGAGUGGAAUCUUUACACGAAGUCCAACGAAACUUGGAAUGUAAAGGAAUGAAGAUGAUCAUAAUUAACCCCAGAAUUGAUGUUAUGGACAAGUUGAUGGUUACAAAAUUCAUCGACAUGAUCGGGAAGGAUGCUGUUUUCUUAUCAAAUGAAGAUGCCAUUGAGGCACUCCGAUUUUCAGUUCAAGGUUCAAAGCAAGUAGAUGAAGAAGGUCUGAAAAGGUCUUAGUAAAAAUAUACUGUCCCCAAGGGCAGCAUUGUAACUGUUCAUUGUAUAUAAAACUAGCAUUGUAACAAAUUAAAUAGAGGAAAUGACAGAUUUAGUCCCGUAAGAUAGGGUAGUUCUCACUUUCCGUCCCUUACUUUUCGGGGCCAACAUUUUUAGUCCAUUAGUUUUCUGAAAAUGACAUAUUUAGUCCCA